GAGACGGGAAGGUGAAGGAGAAGAAUAAGAAGAAGAAGAAGAAGCAGCAGCUCUGCUCUGUUCUCUGCCACGAUGGACAGCAUCAAGGAGGGCUGGUUCACGGAGACGUGCGCGCUCUGGCCUGGCCAGGCGAUGAGUCUCCAGGUGGACGAGGUGCUGUACCACCGGCGCUCGCGUUUCCAGGACGUCAUGGUCUUCAAGAGCAAAACAUAUGGAAAUGUUCUGGUUCUGGACGGCGUGAUCCAGUGUACCGAACGUGAUGAGUUCUCCUACCAAGAAAUGAUCGCCAAUCUACCUCUGUGCUCUCAUCCCUGCCCUAAAAAGGUCCUCAUCAUCGGCGGAGGUGAUGGAGGUGUGUUGAGAGAAGUGGUGAAGCAUCCCCUGGUGGAGUCGGUGGUGCAGUGCGAGAUAGACGAGGAUGUGAUCAGCGUUUCUAAGAAGUACCUUCCUGGAAUGGCAAACGGCUUCUUCAGCCCCAAGCUGACGCUGAACGUGGGAGACGGCUUUGAAUUCAUGAAGCAAAACCAGGACGCCUUUGAUGUCAUCAUCACCGAUUCCUCAGACCCAGUUGGUCCAGCAGAGAGCUUGUUCAAAGAGUCCUACUAUCAGCUGAUGAAGACAGCGUUGCGUGGUGGUGGCAUCCUCUGUUGUCAAGGAGAGUGUCAGUGGCUUCAUCUGGAGCUCAUUAAGGAAAUGCACACCUUCUGCAAGACCCUCUUCCCUGUGGUGGACUACGCCUACUGUACCAUCCCCACGUACCCCAGCGGGCAGAUCGGCUUCAUGCUCUGCAGUAAAAACCCUGAAACAAACUUCCGUGAGCCUGUGAGGGAGCUGACCGGGGAAGAGGUGGACAGUAUGAACCUGAAAUACUACAACUCGGACAUCCACAGGGCCAGUUUCGUGCUCCCCGAGUUCGCCAGGAAGGUGCUCAAUGAAAGCAAGUGAAGUGGCCCUUUGCACACAGCCUCUGUUCCUCACAUGGCCUUCCGUCAGAACAGAACAAAACACUCACCGCUGCUGCAGUACUUGGACCUCUUGGAAUCUGUAUCUCCACCCAAACCUAACCACGCGGCGGAAGAAGGGUGGCAAACCAGAGACCCGCUCCAAGGGCAGGGGCAGGACAGACCUUCCUGUGGAACUCGGUUGUGUUCUGCCUAUAAAUUCCACGCUUCCUUCCAGUCUAUAUUUUUUAUUUUAUUUUAAAUUCUCAUUUUUCCAUGUUAAUUGACACGUCCCUAUCCAACAAGCAGGUAAUACUGAUCGAUUGCAGCUCAGAUGCAGCAUGUCAAGGUACUAAAGCAUACAUCUUCACCGUAAUGUCAGCAAAUUAUUCCUAAAGCCAACAAAUAAAAAGCACAUCUCAGGAUUUUGUCUUAAUAUCGUCUUAAAUGCCUGAAGUUACCGCUUCCUUCCCUUUACUGUCAGGAGUUGAUGUUUAAUAAUCAACAUUUUUACACUGAUCGCUGCUUAACAGGUGUGCAAACCAGUGACAAGUGAAAUUCCUUGAGACUAAAAAGUUUUUGAGACAUCUAUAAAGUGUUGAUGAAAUGUUGGAAAGGGGUUAAAAUGCACACUGAAAGUGAGUGAAGUUGUGCAGUAAGUGCCACUGCCCUCCGUAUUGUACAGCUGACUAAACAUUUGUCAAACACGGCAGACCCAAAGGAAAAACAUGGUCAUUCUCAGUUCUCUUUAGUGUUCACAAGCGAUACAGUAACGCUUUGGUGGAAGACAAGCUCAGAGAAUUGGAUCUGAGGGUGGCAGCACAGGCCACCUCUACUGAGAGCUUGGCCAGUGUGUCGUAAACAGUUUCCUGGGCAACCAAUGUCUCUGUAUUUAUAUGGUUCGCUGUUCGUUUUGUAAAUUCUACACUAAAUAAAGCAGAAACAAAACCUGAGGUGAACUGUCAU